AUGCGAUGCUUGUCAAAUCUUGCGAAUUUCAUUCAUCAUCCACCCGAAGUAUUGCACCGAACCAUUGCAUCUUGGCCAUUUGAUGCUUGGGGACUGCAUAUUGUAGGACCAUUACAAAAGUCUUCUGGUGGACACUUGUACAUCUUGGCUUCAAAUGAUUUCUUUUCAAAAUGUGUUGAAGUUGUCACUCUUAAAGAGGUGAAGAAAGAGAAUAUUGCAAAUUUCAUCCGAGAAAAUAAUAUAUAUCGCUUUGGUAUCCCUCAUUAUAUAAUAACAGACAAUGGCAAACCUUUUGAUAAAAAGUUAAUGAACAAGAUUUGUGAUCUUUCUGACUUUAAGAAGCGUAAAUCUUCUAUGUACCAUGUUGCCGCUAAUGGUCUUAUUGAAGCAUUCAAUAAGACUCUAUGCAACCUUCUCAAGAAAAUUUUCUCCAAAUCCAAACAGGAUUGGCAUGAAAGAAUGGAAGAAGCUUUUUGGGUAUAUAGGACAUAA